GUGAGUGGCCCCUUUGUUUGGAUGUAAGCUGUCUGAAACAAAUAAGUAGGUCGGGCGCUAAUCUCACAGAAUAUGCAAAGCUGCAGGCACCACAGAGGUAGGAGAAAGGGGCAGAGCGGUUUGAGCUGAGUCUUUAGCAAAAGCAGGUUAUUACAUUUACAGAAUAAUAACAUCCAUAGCGUACUGUACAGCUGCUUUGAUAGGACUACCGAUCAAUCGAGUCUAACAUGGAUGAAUAACAGAGAAGGAGAAGCGGAGGAUUGUUCGUGAUCCUGUCCGGAAAAAUACACGAACUGCUGGAUCAAAAUAAAUGAGCACUUGAACACACCGGUGUUGAUCGCAGCAUCUGCAACGAGGUUGGUAAAACUCAAAAGAAGGGAAUCGAGCAAAGCAAGUUUGUUUCCUGACGUCGGUUAUUCGCACCGGAGAAGUCUACCUGGGUCACCUGUUGCAGCAGCCGAAGCUGCUGUCAUUCUCAGUCCUGAAUUUAAACAAAAGUCUGCAGUGAAGCAAUGAAUCCUACUAGUGCGCCAAAAGGAUGUGGCUCCGGCAUCGGCUCCAUUUACUACAACCUGUGUGACCUGACCACAGUGUGGGGGGUUGUGGUGGAAGCCGUUGCCGCUGCUGGUGUGGUGACUUCCUUUGUCCUGUUUGUCAUCCUCAUGGGCUGCUUGCCGUUUGUGACAGACAAAAAGAGAAAGGGUAUGGUAGCCCUGCAGGCCAGCAUUUUAGUUUUCACACUGGGACUCUUUGGACUUACUUUUGCCUUUAUCGUGAGCCAGCACUCCACCAGCUGUGCUGCACGAAGGUUCCUGUUUGGAGUACUCUUCUCAGGGUGUCUCGCUUGCCUGGUGAUGCACGGGCUGUGGCUAGCCCUGCUGCAACGGAGAGGACGUGGGCCUAGGAGCUGGAUGCUUUGCCUGGGCGCCCUGGGUCUCUGGCUGGUCGAGGUGAUCAUCAACACUGAAUGGCUGAUCAUCACUGUGGCCAGGAGCCCACCUGGAGUAGACAAUGCCUCUGACCUUUCCUGCAGCAUCGGCAACCAGGACUUUGUGAUGGCUCUCAUUUAUGUCAUGGUUCUGCUGCUCGCCGUAGUGCUGAUGGCAGUACCCGCACUAACACACAAACAUAAGCAGUGGCGCCGAGAUGGAGCUUUCAUCCUGGUCACAGGGCUUCUCACCAUUGCUAUCUGGGUAACAUGGAUUGUCAUGUACAUCCACGGAAACCGAGUGGUCGGGAGUCCGAGCUGGGACGAUCCUACUCUGGCUGUCGCUGUGGUGUCAAAUGCCUGGGUGUUCCUCUUUCUCUACACAAUCCCAGAAAUCUGCUUGCUGACACAAGAGGACCCUGACCAGGAGCAGCCCCACGAUGGAGACGUCUACCCUGCCAGGAGUCUGGUUUAUGACACCAUCAUUAAGGAGCCGGAGCCAACCCAGCAGAAUGUGUACAUGGAGAAUAAAGCCUUUUCUAUGGAUGAGCCUCCAACUGUAUCAACAAAGCCGGUAUCUCCAUAUGGAGCUUACAAUGGUCAAUUGCGAAGUUGUGUAUACCAGCCCACCGAAAUAGCCCUGAUUGCCAAAGGUCUAACAAAGAUGGACCAAGACUCGAUAAUGCUUCGAACGACACCCCCACCUUUGAAUCCAGGAAGUAGCAGCUCCCUGUCUCGCUCAGCUGAGUCCUUAGCACCCUAAGGACUGUCAAAGGUUGGCAGACUGAGUCAAGAGCACAUUGCACUGUCACCUACACACUCGGUUGCUACAGCAGUGAAAUAAAUCUCGACUGCCUGCGGGUCUGUUCUCAGAGUUCCUAGUAUCAGAUGUUUUAUAUCACAAUUUUUCUUCCUUAGAAUGACGCUUAAAAUAGUAACGGUUGAAUCUACAGCAAUAUGUAGGAAUAUGACCUAGUUCCUCUCACAAACUACUUCUUAUACGUUUCUCUGAUACUCACACACUGCUGGACCAAGUGUUACAAGAUUCUAAUAAUUGACAACAAUGGAGACGAAUGACUUCUGAUGGGGUUAUUCCAUCUCAAAUCAUCAGGGGCCUUCUGCAUGACUAUCUCCGAUUUAGCUGAAACAUUUUUAUUAUGUGCAUAUUUAAAAUGGUAUUUGUGAAAAUUUUUAGACGAUUUAGAAAUAUUAAUUCAGAAUCUGCAACACUGGACACGUAGAUCAAAUAGUCUCUGAUAAUGUGUGAAAUAAGAUGGGGAAAAAAGGAAGCAUCAAGAAAAGCACACAUUAACCCACAAUAAAGUAUGUCAGGAAGUAUUAUAUCAAUCUAAAAUUGAAAAACCACCUUUAUAAAUAUGCAUGUUUUAUUAAGCUACAAAAGAAAUUCAGUCCAAUCAGAGAUAAUUGAGCAAGAUUUGUUCUAAAAAAUGGAUGAUCUGAGAUGGAAUGACCCUGAGGUUAAUGUACACACAGCCAAAAUAGAUGAUUAUCAAAAACUUGUGCCUCAGUGCCUUUUUUUUAAAUGAAAAUUGAACUACUUCUACAGUCUAUGUACCAGUUUUGCUCACUUGUGGCUUCACUAUUGGGCCCCAAACUAACAAUUAUCUAAAGGGUGACAUGUUUGCGUCUCUGUGGGAACAAACUUGACUUACCUUCUAGCUGUGAGAAAGACCAGAAACUAUUAUUUUUGCUAUUUUGACCCUUUCCAAAUCUAAAACCCAAAGUGAAACUAUGUAUUCAGUUCACAUGUGAAGAAACAGUAGACAAGAAUCCGAUGCAGAGAAUUUAGAGUAACAGACUAGUCACAGCUGUGUGCAGUGCAAAGUGAACAUAAUAUACCAGAAAUCGUGAGAAUAUCUAUGAUUCUUCUCUUUACACUCAUAAACCUGCUGCCUGUUAUUUGUUAAUCUGUUCAAAACUGCAUAAACACGCUGUGUUCACUUGUGAAAUUAUGUUGUGAUUCUCUGAAAGCCAUGUGAUUUUCUUGAGUUUCGGAUUUUUCAAAGUGUAAUUUUAUGGAAAGAUAUACAUUCUAAGUUAUGAAACCUAUAAAUGUUAUGUUCAUUC